AUGGCUAAAAGUAUGCAAGAAGAGGCAACAUGUCCUGUUUGUCUGGAUUUUUUCUGCAACCCCAUUUCUCUCUCCUGUGCACAUACCUUCUGUUUUAAGUGCAUUCAAAAUUGGAUGCUAGAAACGGAGGGUUUCAAAUUGGCCUGCCCCCUGUGUCGAGAAAGUCUGCACAUAAGUGAUGAAAUCCUGAAGUUCCAAGAGUAUAUGACCCUGGAUGCUGCCACCGCCAACUCCUUCCUUGUCCUCUCUCACGACCUAAGGAGCGUUCAGUGUGGGAAGAUCCGCCACCACCUAAUGGAAGGUCCUGAGAGAUUCACCUACAUGGCCUGUGUCCUGGGCACCCCCCACUUCUCCUCUGGCUGCCAUUAUUGGGAGGUAGAAGUGGGGAAGGGCAAGGAGUGGGCUUUAGGCAUUUGCAAGGAAUCUGUGAACAGAAAGGAGAGGUGCAGUUUAUCCUCUGAGCUUGGCUUCUGGAUCAUCAGCGUGGAGGGAAAUGCUAUUUCCUGUAGCUCCUCCCCACAGACCAGAAUUUCUGCAAGCCCUGACCUUGACAGCGUGGGAAUUUUCAUAGAUGCCGAGAUGGAAGAAAUCAAGUUUUUUGAUGUUCGAAAUGAUGCCCUCAUCUGUACAAACAGUCAACUCUCCUCUUUGGAGACUUUGCGUCCAUUCUUCUGUCCUGAGUUGCCUGGAGAUGUGACAGUGGUGCCCCCUUGA